UGUAUCCCGUAGCAACCAAAAUAAACAAGAAUCCGCGAGAAAAUUUCACACACAUCAAACUCACAAGUGGUGCCGCCGAAAUGGCCACCGUCGUUCCCGAGUGCUGCCGCUGCUGCCUGACCGAGGACGAGCGCGACCUGAUCUUCGUGUUCGACGUGCUGGACGAGUUCGAGAGCCGCAUUUGCGACCUGAUUGCAACGUGUGGCGGCAUCGAGAUUGCGGAGGAAGACGCAUACUCCAAGAGCAUCUGCGGCAACUGCCUCAACGAUCUGGCCAACGCGGCCCGCUUCCGGGACCGGUGCGCCAAGACGGAACAGGUGCUGCAGAACGCGUCGAUUACGGUGGUCGAGGAGGACGACGAUGUGGUGUUUGAGCAGGAGCAGGACCAGCUGGACACGGCCGGGCUGGUUAAGCUUGAGGAGGAAGACGGCGACACGCGGGACAGUGGCGAGCCGAGGAUUCAGUUCAUCAUCGCCGACGAUCCGAACGAUCCCGAGCUGGCCAAGUUCGACUACGACGAGCUGAUCAGCAGCCAGGACAGCGAACUGCAGCCGGAUGACUUUGAGGAGCUCAAAACCAAAGAGAAAAACGUUGAAAAGGUGGUUCGGCCCAGGCCACUGCAACUGAACUUUGUCUGUCCGGAGUGUGGAGCGGGCUUUGCGAUGCAGAAGAAUCUGGUCAAACAUUUGGCCAGCCACCACAGCUUCGUGUGCGGCGUUUGCCUUAAGACGUUCGAGAACGAGUCCGAUCUGCAGACUCACCUGGCUCAAGGUCACGACGACAGCAGCCCACCAACAGACAACCCUAAGAAGAAACACGUCUGCGAGUUUUGCCGCAAGGCGUUCGUGUCCAACUCGGCCCUCACGGCUCACAUCCGCGUUCACACAAAGGAACGCCCCUUUCCGUGUAGCUUUUGCACGAAACGGUUCCGCACCGUCGGAGCGCUCGAGCUGCACGAACGACGCCACAACGGAAUCAAGCCGUACAAGUGCGACAUCUGCGGGCGUGGCUUCGCCGAGUCGAGCAACCUGAAGGUGCACCACCAAACGCACACCAAAGAGAAGCCCCACGUUUGUACCGUGUGCAAUCGGGCCUUUGCGCGGGUCUUCCUGUUGAAGAUUCACCAGCGGACCCACACCGGAGAGCGGCCCUUCGCCUGCGUGGAUUGCGGCAAGUGUUUUUCGCAGCAGGGUGAUUUGGCCGCCCAUCGGAGGAUUCACAGCGGGGAUCGGCCCCACACGUGCGACGUUUGUGGUCGCAGUUUUAUUAAAAGCAGUGGCCUGCUUCAGCACCGCAAGAGACAUAAGCUGGCGCUGGGUGGAGAGGUGCUGGACGGCGUGGAGGAACUCAUUGUCGGGGAGUUUGAAGUUGAAGAGGAUCACGGCGAGGAGGAAGAGAGUGGGGACGGCGAGGAGGUGUUGGGUUUAGUAUACUGGCAGUUGACCUGGGCCACAUCGUACACGAUAUACUCGUUGUAUAGCAGUGCCGACUGCAGCUUGGAAUCGGUCACGCCCGGUCCCAUCGGGAUCUCGACGCCGUCCGCUGUGCAUGUUGUCGGGGAGUUUCUGCACGUACCGGGCCUGGUUCAGCUCCAUCAUGUUACCGAGGGCCACCUCGCACAGCAGCAUCAGACCGGUCGAGUUUGCGGGCGAGGUUGCGCAGUAGUUGGCGGAUUUGGACACCAUGUCGGCGAAGUAGAUACCCUUGCCGAACAUGUACCCGGUGACGGGGGCUUCCGGCGGGGCGAUCUUGAGACCGUGCGUGAGAAUACCGACAAAGUUGGUAAGACGCGAUCCGUGCCAGAGGAGUUUGCGGUUGUGCAGCUUGCGGAACGGUUUGUAGCGACGCUCUUCGCCCUUGCGGCGGAUUUUGAAGAUUUCCGAGACUUCCAGGUCGAACUGGUUGUGGGUGGCGGCGUGCGUGUUCUUGACGUACUGGGCGAGGCGCUUGAACUCGUCGGACUUUUGGUCCAGCGUUUGCAUCUCCGUCUUGAGCUGGUCGUAGUGGCCGUCGAGCGGGUUCUUGGUUUCGUCCGUGUCGGCGUUCAGCAGACUGUACGCGAUCUCGAUCUCCAUGAGGCUUUCGAGCAUGGUUUGCUUUUCCUUGAUCUGCUCGACGGUGUCGAGGACGGGGAAUCUUCCGCCCAAACAGGAUUUUUUCUCCGCGGUCGCGUUUCACUUUCUCAAAAUGAUUCGAUUCGUUGUGUUUUAAUCCCGCGCACGAUGGACGGCCCUUUCGUGACAUUCUGCGCGGAGCAGGCGCACCCCACCAGUGAAGCAAUUCCGGAAUCCUCCUCCGUCGUGGUCGUCACGGAAGAGGACGAUUCUGGCGAGCCGCAAGUCGCGGCGACGGCUGGUGGUCCACCGAAAAUCGUUUAUCUGGACCGGGUUUGUCGGACGUGUUUGGUCGAGAAGGAGAGGGAUGACCUGAAGGAUCUGUUUGAGUUUGGGCUGGCGGAAACGGUCAUGUCCUGUGUGGGUCGGGUCAUUUCGGUGGAGGAAUCGGACGGGUUGCCGGGUCACAUAUGUAUGGAGUGUCUGCAGGAGGUGGAACGGAUCAUCAGCUUCCGACAGCAGUGCGAGCGAUCGGACGGCACGAUCCGGAACUUGAUCGAGAAAUCCGUCGUGAUCAACCAAGACAGCGAGACCAAGUACGAAGUGCUGAACGUGGUGCUGACCGAUGCCAACGGGAACACGGAAACGUCGGCCGUUGUCGUUCCGAUUGAGGAGCUGCGUUUUCAGCUGAUGAAUGGCGGAGGGGGAGGAAGGUGUUCCGAGGAGAUUGUAGAGACGGAAUCGACGACCAGCGAAAACGUCGAGCUGAGCUUCGUGGCUCCUUCGGACAUACUUGUAACGGAGGAGAUCAUUGUCCAAUCGCAACCGGAGGAGGAGGCUCCGAUCGGUGAACUGAUUGUCGAAGAAACGCCUUCAGAGCAGGAGCAGCAGCAGCAUGAAUCGACGGUUCUGGAAAACCUGCGCCAAGAACUGUCCGAAUUCAUCGGUGGAACGAGCGCGGAGAUCCCGAAAGAUCAAGAAGACCUGGACGAAAACGACGACGACGAAUUACCUUACGAUUACCUCAAAGAUGCCCUCACCGACGAGUACAUUCAGUCGAUGGAACAGCAGCUGGCCCCGUCGGCCCCUCCGCGGUCGGAAAACCCCGCCCAGGAACGCUUGGAGCAGGCCAACCUGGACAGUCUGAUCAACGAUGAGCCACAGCAGCUGCGAGGUGACGGUGGCGACAAGGACCAUGGCGCCAGUAAGCAGCACUACUGCGACGAUUGUAACGUGGGCUUCGAAAAUCGGCGCAAGUUCCGGGUGCACAUGAAGAAGAAACAUUCCGAGAAAAAGUACGAGUGCAGCUACUGCUCGCGCCGGUUCGCCGAGCAGAAGCAGCUGCGGAACCACGUGCUGCGGCACACCGGCGAAAAGGCCCACGCCUGCGAGAUAUGCAACGCGCGCUUCUACGAGCGCAACUUGCUGAACGUGCACAUGCGGCGACACGACGGCGAGAAGCCGUACUAUUGCGAGCUGUGCCCGAAGCAGUUCGGGAGCAAAAGUCUGCUCAACACCCACGUCAAGUGUCACCGCGGCGAGAAGUGCCACAUCUGCGACGUGUGCGAAAAGGGCUUUACGCUCAGCUGGCAGCUAACGGCUCACAAGCGCAUUCACACGAACGAAAAGCCGUACGAGUGUCCGUACUGUCUGAAGCGGUUCAACCAAAAUGGGAAUCUGGUGAUUCACAAGCGAAUCCACACGGGCGAGCGGCCUUUCCAGUGUGAACUGUGCGAAAAGGCCUAUCCGGGCCAGGGAGAGUUGAGGAACCACAUGCGGCAACACACGGGCGAGAAAAAGGUCAAAAACGUGACGUGCACCGUAUGUCAGAAGAACUAUGCCGGAAAUGGGGACCUCAAGAUCCACAUGCGAACCCACACCAAGGAAAGGCCUUACGGCUGCCAGGAGUGCGGCAAGACGUUCAUGCUGCAGGUUCACCUGACGGUGCACAUGAGAGCCCACACGGGCGAAAAGCCCUAUGCGUGCGAGCUGUGUCAAAAAGCCUUUACCACAAACUACCAGCUGAAGCACCACAUGCAGGUGCACACGGGCGAGAAGAACUACGGCUGCGAUUUAUGCGACCGGCGGUUCAGCAGCGCUGCCAACCGGAACACCCACCGCAAGACGCACGAACGGACAAUCUCCUGACAAAAGUACGUAUUUGUAGAUUAAGGUGCGUUUUGUCUGUAUUUUUUUAUUCGCUAAUAUCGUGGCUAAAUUAUUCACCAAAAUUAUUGCAAGCGAUCGCGUCCGUAAAUCUCUUUCCACCAAUCAGCAAUUUAACGGUCAGUUUGAAUGAUCCGAAACUCACCACGGCAAUUUUAUAUUCACCACAACUCAUUUCCACGUGUUUGACAGUUGAAACUACCACACAUUUUGUGUGGUUCGUGCUUGAUGACGUUCUGAUAAAAUUGUUCAAUUAUUUGUUUAUGUUUGUCUGUGAUGUAAUUUAUUUUUGACUUUUUAAAUCAAAUUAAAAAAAAAACAUUAAUUCCAAUAUUUCGAAUGUUUCUAAAUGAUUUUUUUUAUCAUUUUAAAAUAUUGGAACUUUAAAUUCUUUUUUAAACAUAUUUCGUCGCUUUAAAUAAAUAUUUAGAAACAAUCGCUUGCAAAAAAUAGUGUCAUAAAUUAAUAUACUUAAAAAUAAUUACAAAACCAAAUAAAUCGUAUCUUUAUCAGUAGUAGUAUAAUGCCAAUAUUAAAGUAAGGCAAUCGCGUGUUGUUCCAGUGUAAAAUCCAGCAAUAUUCAUGACAGUAUAUCUUUAAAAAAAACAAAACAAUUAUAGCUAAAUGGCUGUUACCAAUGUUCAAGCAGUAGUGAAGCAUCGAUGUGAUUAGGGUAACUCCGGGUCGAGCGGUUUCGAGAGUAUUUUUUUAUUUAGUUUUUAAGUGGCUCAAUUAUUUAAGUCUGUUUUUAUUGUGGUUGCCAUUGUUUAGAUCCCGCGAACUCCGGAGUUCCUUAAGCAAGUUCUUAUGAUUAUCUCUCUUAAGCGCAAAAGUUCAAAUUUAUUCAUACAAAUACAUGUAUUAGCUAAAUGGCUUAUUCAAUCUAUCGUGCAAAACAAAGUAGUCUUUACAGUGGUCUUUAUGGAAUACAUAACUUUAAAAUGAAA